AUGGCCACUGAUGGAAGCUCUUCCAACAAUGGCAACCAAGCCACCCUCCCCAAUGAGACCGUCACCCCAUUCAAUACCGAAAAUCCCUCGCAAACAUUGAUCAAUAUCAAUGUUUCCAAUGUCUCCAAGUUAACAGCCACCACCUAUAUCCCUUGGUCUGUCCAAAUCCGAGCAUUGUUACAAGGCUACAAUCUUGCUGGAUUUCUCGAGCCCGAUGCUGCUCCUCCAGCAACCAUCACUGCGAACAAUGCAGUGACUGCCAACCCUGCUUAUGAAGCAUGGUUCCGUCAAGACCGGCUAAUAUUUGCCGCUCUCCUUGGUUCUCUCUCCACGUCGUGUCAGGCUCUUAUCACCAUGUCUUCGACAUCAGCCCAUGCCUGGAACACGUUAGCUACUACCUACGGUCGAUCAAGCCGCGGUCAUGUGAAACAAAUCAAAGAGCAACUUCGUCGUUUUUCUAAGGGAACCAAGACUAUCGACGAAUACAUGAAUUUCUUCAAGGUAAAAGCCGAUGAGCUUGCCCUUCUUGGAAAACCCAUGGACCAUGAAGAUCUCAUCGAUCUCACACUCGCCGGACUUGGAGAUGAAUACAAAGCCGUAAAGGAUGUGAUUCAAGCAAAAGACACGACUAUAUCCUUCAUUGAACUUCAUGAGAAGUUACUCAACCAUGAAGUGGAUGUUCUUGCUUCUCAAUCCACACACUCGGAGGUUCCAAUCACGGCAAAUGCCGCGACUCACAAGCCACGACAAUCUGGUCGUCAGAACAACCGACAACAAUAUGAUCCUCGGCUGCCAAAGACUUUCAACAAUGGUCCGAGAGGAUACCAAGGCAAAUGCCAACUAUGUGGGGUACACGGCCAUAGUGCAAAGUUUUGUCGUCUUCUCCGUGGCAGCCCCGGUAUCCUACCGAAUCCUUCUUAUGGCUUCAGCCAACAUCAUCCGUCACCGACCGUGAAUGCAGCCGCG